UUCGUGCUUUAAUGCAAGCGUUUUCAAACGCAGUAUUUGACUUCUAUGAAAGAAAAUACGCUGGCGAGUUUGUGGUUGGUUUUGCAUAGGUGCGGCCGGUUUGUUUGCCCGGCUCCAUUAAAGUGUUGCACAAAGCAAUUUAGUCGUUUCUGGAAGAACCAUCCGGGCAGUAGGGACUCUCCUGUGUUGUAAUCGUUUGUGUUUUCUGGCUAGCUAACAAGCAGUUAACAUUAACAGCUACGGUUGUUUUGAUUAUGUCAGUAUUAACGUUCUGGCUCAGCUCUCCAGAGACGUGUGGCGAGCUUAUAAAGCUCUCAGCGAGCCGGACCCAAUGCGUGGAAUGAUGGGGUCCCAGAGUAGUCCUGUCAAGAGUUACGAUUAUCUCCUGAAAUUUCUUUUGGUGGGAGACAGCGACGUCGGAAAGGGAGAAAUCUUGGACAGUUUACAAGACGGAUCAGUGGAGUCCCCCUAUGCCUACAGCAGUGGGAUUGAUUACAAAACCACCACAAUUCUGCUGGAUGGGAGAAGAGUGAAAUUGGAGUUAUGGGACACAUCAGGGCAAGGCCGAUUCUGCACCAUCUUCAGGUCUUACUCUCGUGGAGCACAGGGCAUCCUGCUUGUAUACGACAUUACUAAUGGCUGGUCAUUUGAUGGCAUUGACCGCUGGAUCCGGGAAAUUGAUGAGCAUGCCCCAGGUGUGCCCAGGAUCCUGGUAGGAAAUCGGCUUCACUUGGCUUUCAAGCGGCAGGUGCCAACGGAGGUGGCAAGAGCUUAUGCAGAAAAGAACAGCAUGACUUUCUUUGAGGUCAGUCCGCUCUGCAACUUCAAUGUCAUCGAAUCCUUCACAGAGCUUUCUCGCAUUGUGCUGAUGAGGCACGGGAUGGAGAAGUUUUGGAGGCCCAACAGAGUCUUCAGCCUCCAAGAUCUGUGUUGCCGUUCGAUUGUCUCCUGCACACCGGUGCACCUCAUUGACAAACUGCCCCUCCCUGUGGCUAUUAAGUCCCACCUCAAGUCUUUCUCCAUGGCUAACGGAAUGAAUGCAGUCAUGAUGCAUGGACGCUCCUACUCAGUGGCCAACAACGCAGCUUCAGGUGGUGGCAGCGGCGGAAGCAAAGCCAACAGUCUCAAACGCUCAAAGUCCUUCAGGCCUCCACAGAGUCCUCCAAAGAACUCGUCCUCGUCCAAGGGGAACUGUAAGAUUUCAUAGUGAAGGGGCAGCAUUCAAGGUGUUGUUGCUCCAAGAGAUCAUGAGGCCAGAGAAGAACACAGAGAAGAACACAGAGAACUGCCAGCAGUCUUUAUCACAAACUGAUACAGCUGUGAACUCGACCUUUGGGAGCUGACUUGGAUGGUUGUAUCAGUGUCUGUUCUCUUUGCGCUUGUGGGUGCCAUCUUGUGGAUGUACGUUUACCUGUACUCUUUACUACAGAAGCUCACUGUGAUUAAGUAGAACAAGAUUUUCCUGGGACCAACAGAUGUGAAUCAAAGAUUACCACUCAUCUAUUAACGCUACAAAUGAGUGCAGGGACGCUAGCUAGUUUUAUUUGGAAACUAAUUGUUUAUUGGUAUUUAAAGUUGGAUUUGAAGUUGUAAAUAUACUGUAUGUUGUUUUGGUCUUUGUCAGGUAAUUGUUCUUGGGGAUGAACUUCUUACACUUGUCUUGAAUGUUUUGGAAGACCUGCUUUGACGUACAGCUUAUUUGUAUCUUACACCCUUUAUCUGCUGUAGAAAAUUCCCUUGGAAAACUCAAGGGUGCUGUGCUACUUAUUUCAAACUCAGACUGGUUAUGUUUUGGAUAAAACCGGUUUAAAUUCAGUGUCACAUGCACACAGGGCUAGUUUCCCUAAACUAGUGCUAGACUUAAAAAACAAAAACUUUACGAGCAUUAUCAGUUGAAAAACAUUCUUAGUCUAGUGCUACUUAAUCUGUGAAAAUGUCUAGAAAAGUCAAGACGGCUCAUCUUGUUUGCAGGAUGUCCUGUGGUGCCCCUAAAUUUCUGUCCAAAUGAAUUCCUCCUCCUCCUCCAUCAGUCAUUCUCCAAAGUCAUUCAGGCAUUUGUUGACUUUCCUAGGCCUUUUGUGCCUCUAAAUCAAAUGUUUUAAUUUGUGUCAUCACUUUAACUGGUGUAAACAGUUAAUAGCAUGCUUGUUUUGAAUCGUAACUUCCAGGGCAUUUAAAAGAUUGCUUGGUGUUGAUGAGGAAACCUUGUACAAACGUGCAUGUGCAGAUUGUUUGCUCAGUCAUGGUGUUUUGCCUUCAGCAACUGGGUCUUGGUUGCUAACAGGAAAUGUGUGAACUCACCGGACAUCAUAGAGAGGAACAUUUUAAUUUGAUUGCUAUUUGGAUAUUUUAUGUACACGUGAUAUACUGUAUUUAUGAAUGUAAACCAUUUACCAUGUAAACCAAUAUUCAUCUGUGGCCACAUGUGGUAAUAGACUGAGGUGGAAAGUCAUUGGGUAUAUCAGCUUUUUUAUUUUUUUUAUUUUUACAUUUUGCUGCCCUGCUUGUCUGAGUAUUUGUAAUUUUUGCUGCUCAUUCAUUUUUAUGAUGCACCCUUCUUAAAAAUGUGUGUAUAAUAGGAGGGACCACAAUAGCCAUGGUUUACAAAUUUAUUAGACAACAAGAACAAUGUAAUGACAUAUGAACUUACAGCCUUCAGACAGGACACACGUUUUUGUUUUUAAAAUCAGAAGUGGUUUCUUUUAUUAAAUGAAGAAUCUACACAAAUGUGUUAAUUUUGACCAAUUCUUAUUAAUUAAUGUGUGCUGUAUUUCCACAGAAACAUUCCCAGGGUCAGUGUGGGCAUAGAAAUGGUGCACAUUGCUUACUGGCGCCUCUUUUAUGUGGCGUUUUGGUGUGAGGCCAAAAGCACUAUAUGUAAACGUUUAAUAUCCAUGGUUGCUAUCACAGCUGUGUUUCUAAAGGUUUGGAUACGGGAUUCAUUAUCAUUUUGUCUCAAUUGAAAACGGUCACCCAUCAAAAUAAAGAAUUCAUCUACAAGGU